CACAGUAAACUGUGUCCAUCUGAAAAAUGUGGAGGGGACAGGGAAUUCUCUUUGUAUUGGUGAUCGUUACUUCAUUUUUACACUCAGGGGCAAGACCCAAAGAGAAAGCUUUAAAGGACCGACUGGUAGAAGAUAUAAGGAGACUUUUAGACCUUGCUGAAAACGAGGCAAUCCGGGUGGAAGAACAGCGGGAAAAUAAAGGCAAAAACCAGACACGUAACGAAAACGAAAUAGAUAAUAAGAAUAUCGAUCCCGAUGAUCCGUAUGAUCAGCUGUUGUCUAGUUUUGGUGUAGUUGUGAAUGGGAAAGUCCAGCAUUCUAAGGGUCUUCACAUAGAGGAUUCAGAAAAGUUAAAGGAACAGAAAUUGGACAGAACCAUUGAGAGAAAAGAGGAAACGGACAAGGAAGGGGAACCGGGAAAGGAGAAACGCAGAAAAAGAAACUUUGGACCGAAUUGGCAAAACUGGCCCAAGGGCAUUGUUCCUUACAUUUUUGACAAUAAUUUAGUUGCCAAUAGAGAACCAUUCCAGGACGCCAUAGCGUUAUUUAAUGAACUCACUUGUAUUCGCUGGAAGCCAAGGUCAUCCGAAGUAACAGCGGAAGUUGGACAUACGGGAUAUGUUCGAGUUCAAAGUGGCUCAGGAUGUAGUUCCGGUGUUGGCUUCUACGGGAAUGAUGAACACGUGAUAACAUUAGCAGAACCCGGAUGUGGAUCGGUCGGUACAGCGGUCCACGAAAUGUUGCACAGGCUUGGACAAAGACACGAACAGUCUCGAAGUGAUCGGGAUAGGUAUGUCAGGAUUGUUUGGAAGAACAUCGAUCCCGAUAUGAAGUAUAAUUUCUACAGACGCUUGACAUACAAUCGAAACCCUUAUGAUGUUGGAAGUGUUAUGCAGUAUGGCUACACGUCUUUCGGCAAUGGGAAAACAACAAUAGACUUAAAAGACAAAAAUCUCUUGUUCCUUGAGGCCCCAAGUAACCAGAUCUUCUCCUUCUACGAUAUAAAGGACCUUCUGGAUCAGUACGAAUGCACUGCUCAUUGUACGUCACCCCCUGUCUGUGAGAAUGGCGGGUACGUAAACCUCACGUGUCAGUGCAGCUGUCCUGAGGGAUUUACCGGGACCACGUGUGAGACUGUGGAUACAGAUCCAGAUUGUGGAGGAUAUGUUUAUCUGAAGGAGACAGAUCUUGUUUUGGAGCCAAACAAAGAUGUUACAAUCACAUCACCAAAUUAUCCCGGCCCUAUUGGACAGGGGAAAAUUUGUAGAUGGGCAGUUAAGGGACCAGAAGGUUACAUAAUAAAGAUGACAAUAGAUGACCUCCACAUGGCCUAUAACCCGAAAACAGUACGAUGUUACCAUUGGUUGGAGAUACAGUAUAACCUUCCAGGUCAACCCGGCAUAAGCCGAUGUGGUGACGUAGUUGGAGAAACCUUCCUGACGUCAGUCGAUUCACCAACGUUAAUGAUCGUUACCAUGGAUACCAAAUUUGCGGGCAGCAGGGUCACACACAAAGGCUUCAAACUUCAUUUUGAAAAAGAGAAAGAAGUUUGUAGGGACAGUCUCUGUCAGUACGGCGUGUGUGUUCCCUCCCAGACCAGGGCGUGUCAGUACAAGUGUGUGUGUCAGCCAGGGUACACGGGAGACAACUGUGAUCAAGUUAUAGAUGGUGCUCAACUUAAAUGUACUUUUGAGAGGUUUGAGAAGUGUUUCUUCAGUAAUAUCCAGGAAGGUGAUGACUUUGAAUGGGGUAUUGGUUUUAAACAUAGUUUGUCCACGAGCACGGGGCCGGAGGAGGCCUACAGAGGACAGAGAUUCUUAUUUGCUGAAAUGUCUUUACCCAGGAAACCCGGGGAUAAGGCCAUUCUCAAAUCAAAAGUAUCCUUACCAGAGAAGAGCGGUUGUCUUUCUUUUGCGUACAACAUGUUUGGAAGAAACGUUUACAAGCUGUCGCUAUUUUCCGAGGGAACAAACGCAGCUAAGACCUCACUGUGGACCAAAGAAGGAAACCAAGCAUCUGAUUGGCUGACGGCGAAAGUUAAUGUUCCGGCAACAGCAGGACUAAAACUGUCAUUUGAGGCCAUUACAGGAGAUGCGUGGGAUAGUGACGUAGCGCUAGAUGAGAUCACGUGGGCGGUGGGCCAGUGUGACAUGAACACUAAAAAAGAAUGCAUUGAACCGGGAAAGGAGUAUGAGGGUACACGUGCCUACACAAAAGGCGGGAUCACGUGUCAAGCCUGGGCAGCUAACGAACCGCACUCAAUAACGUCAAAGUACGCUUACCUGGCUGACCAGUCUAACUACUGUCGGAUCGCUGAUGAGCCUGAGCCCUGGUGCUACACUACCUCUGAAUCAACAAGAUGGGACUGGUGUGAUGUUCCAUACUGCGCUUCCACCGAGUGUGCCUAUACACCAAACCAAGCAGACUACAGCGGGACGGUCAGCCAUACUAAGACAGGCAUCCCCUGUCAGAGGUGGGACUCUCAGACUCCACACACUCACUCCUACAACAACCUGGUGAAGGACGAGAACUACUGUAGGAACACGGACAACAGCGCAGGCGCCUGGUGUUACACACAGGAUCCCGACACUCGCUGGGAGCUUUGUGAUGUACAGCAAUGCGAAAAAAUUCAACGUGACUGUAUUAUGACAGGAAGGGGUUUAGAUUAUGCUGGAUCUAUUUCUAAAUCGGCUUCUGGGAAAACUUGUCUAAACUGGCCAAAUGAUUCAAUGAAGGAAAACGUAAACUACUGCAGGAACCCUGAUAUGUCAUCUAAGCCAUGGUGUUACAUUCAGGGAGAAAGCGGUCCAACCAAGGAAGACUGUGCAAUAAAAUCCUGUGCGGAUUCCCCUUGUUUUCCUAAUCCGUGUAAAAACAGAGGAAGUUGUGAGGUGGAUGGAACGUCCUAUAAAUGCACAUGUCUGGAGGGAUUUAUAGGGAAUAAUUGUGAAACAGAGGUUCAAGUGGAGGAGGCCGAUUGUAAAAGAACAACCACGGGUUGGGAAUAUCGGGGGAAGAUCAACGUCACAAAAUCGGGGAGGACAUGCCAGGCAUGGGCGUCAGACACUCCCCAUUCACAUUCUGUGGGAAAGGACUUACCUGAGAAUUAUUGUAGGAAUCCUGACAGCGAACCCGCCCCGUGGUGCUACACCAUGGAUACUGAUAAACGUUUUGAGACCUGUGAUGUUCCAGAUUGUGUGACUCCAGCUCUAGAAUGCCUACCCAACUCGGAUCCUAAAGGAGAACGGUACUACGGAACACAUAACGUGGCGGAUACCGGAGACCUAUGUCAAGCUUGGAGUAGCCAGACCCCCAACACACAUAAAUAUACUUAUCUCAGCGACCAAUCCAACUACUGCAGGAACCCGGAUGGAGAGCCCGCCCCUUGGUGUUAUACCGUCAACCCUAAAGUUCGGUGGAGUACCUGUAAUAUUCCUCACUGCUGAAAUUAAAGACUUUUUACUCUAAAACAGCCAUUUUGUCAAUAUAUUAAUCAUUUUAUCCAUAAUAAACAUCAAUGAUCAGCUUC